AUGAGACCAAGCCCAAGACACCUUGUAAAAGGCUUCGUCGGUAGGAGUGUAGAUGAGUUUAAACGGCUUUCAACUAGCAUACUAAAAGCUGAGGGUCUGCGUGAGCCUACGAAGCCUUACGUUUUAGCCUCAUUCCGAGACCCCAAGUCUGUACAAGAUUGCAAGGCAAUGUCUGAUAAAGAUAUCGGUGGGUUCUCCACAGUAAGCCUAGACUGGGUACCACCCAGCAAAAACCAGACGCCAAAUGCCACCGGAAGCAGUCAUGGUCACGCCAAAUUUCAUGGUAACAUCUCUAUAGAGCUUCCAACAAAUAGGCCAGAAGUUCACCGAACCGGAUAUGCGGCAUGGAGAACAAAAGAUAAAGGAUAUACAAUCUUUGGUAAAACACUAUGGGAUAUAGACCCUUAUGAAUUUUUAGCUCUCAGGAUUAAAAGUGACGGUCGAAAGUAUUUCAUAAAUUUGCAAACUGAGAGCAUCGUCCCUACUGACAUACACCAACAUCGACUCUAUGCUAAAAGACCAGGAGAGUGGGAGACAUUGUUUGUUCCAUGGACCGAGUUUGUGCGGACUAAUCACGGUGUUGUGGUCGAACCCCAGAGAGAAAUGCUCCGACAAUCUUUAAGAACAAUUGGAAUCGGACUUACUGAUAGGGUACCCGGAAAUUUUGAGCUGUGUAUCGAAAGAAUGUGGGCCACAAACGAGAUGAAAAAUGAUGAUUCAAGCUUUGAAUAA